AUGGCCACCAUUAGCUUCAAAACAUUCUGAACAAAUAUAUAAAGGUCGUGUAUUAUUUGUUGAUAAGAUAGAAAUUAAGAAAUAUUCUUGUAAUGCUUCGCAUGUUCGUAAUCGUAAACAUGCAACUCUAAUAUUUCAUCCACAUACUGUCUAUGAAUGCUUGGAACAUCCCUGGCCACAU